UACUUCACCUUGUGAUGGUUUAUUACUAAAGAAAAGCCUUUGAGUGUUUCACCGUGUGCAACAACAGCGUUGGCGCAUCACUAUCCGCCAGGAUGGAGUGAGAGCGCCUCACGUGGCGCACCUUGCUGAACAGCACCACCUAGCGGCGAGGCCGCCACGCGCGCACGCCGCUCGGGCUCUGUCAAGAACUACACCUCCCAUGCUGCCCCUGUCCGAGAGGGAAGCCAGUCAUGCGGAUGGAACCAGCAGUGGGCAUCCGCAGCGCUGCACGAAGAAGAAAGUUCGCGGAAAGAUGCACGAAGAGGAGGAUGGCGGCGACGCGAGCUCCUGCGCCGCGCCGCGGAUCAAGGCCGUCCGGUCGGUGGACGUGGCCGAGGUCGAGGGCGAGGGCGCGCGGGAGCAGGCCUCCAAGCUGUGCGGCUACCUGAACAAACUGUCCGGCAAGGGGCCCCUGAGGGGCUACAAGACGAGGUGGUGCGUCUACGACCCGAGGAAGUGUUACUUGUACUACUUCAAGACUCCCCAGGACGCACUGCCGCUCGGACACAUCGAAAUAGGCGACGCGUGCUUCUGCUACGACGUGGAGGGCGAGGAGGGUCAGUUCGAGAUCCGCACGGCCGGAAAGGAGUUCAUCCUGAAGGCCCCCAGCAAGCAGGUGAUGCACUACUGGCUCCAGCAGUUGCAGCAGAAACGUUGGGAGUACAGCAGCACACGAAGCUCCGGCCAGAGAGACAGCUGGAGCUCCCCGACGCUGGCCUACCCUCCUACUGGCCUUGUAGGCAAAGACAAUGACGGUAUCAUCUUUGAGAAGCUGAGUGACAGCAUGGAGAAAGUGCGCAGCGACUUUGCCAUGGAGACGGAGACGGAUGGCGGGGCAAUGGUGGGGAUCCAGUCAGCCAGAGGACCCGCUGCUGGGUCCACGAACCCCCUCAACUUCUCUCUGAAAAACUUUGGUACAGAACUCAAGAACUCCAUGUCUUAUCUGCGGCAGGGCAGAGGAGCUGAGAGCAGGCGCAGUGUGUUUUACAUAGGUAACAACAGCACUGAAGAGUGGGAGCUGGUGGAUGCUCCGCACAAGGACUUCGCUGAACAGAAACAUCAUCCCAACGCCCACAGACAUUCCUUUGGAUCUGCAUUCACGUUUGACUUUGUGCGCAACUCAGCCCGGCCUAAGAGGCCUCUGCUGCGCGACAUGAUGGCCUCUGGGAGGUUCGGGCGCAGUGCCGAGACACGCAGUGCCGAGAGCUCCCCGGUGGAUGAUGGCAGCAAAUGUAAUGGCAGCAAAUCUUUGGAGAUGCAGCUUCGCCUCCAGACCCAACAGGAAGAAUUGAGCCACAUGCAGCAGGAACAGGCCAAACUCAGAGAAGAGCUCGCCAGUCAGAAGGAGCUGGUGAGACUUCUGCAACAGACUCUUAGGACGUCUCAGAGCGAUAGACCAACAGCGCGCUGUCCAGCCCCGGCUCCAGAUCCAUCUGCAGGCUCGGACCAGACCCCGGCUUCGGUAGUAACCCAGCAAGAAAACUCCCAGCUGGAGAACUUGCUUCAAGAAAGAGACGAACAGAUCCAGUCCCUGUGUGGCCACAUGGAGCGUCUCGCCCUGGAGAAGGAGAGCCUGCAACAGGAGCUGAAAGGCUUGAAGCUUAAAGUAGGGGAGAUAUAUGACAAGCUGGAGAUGAUGAUGGAGACCAUCCAGGCUAAGGAUGAAGUCAUCAUGAAGCUGUCGCAGGAGAGCCCGGAGAACAGUGGAAAUUCAAAUGAUGCCAGUUCACUAUCUCCCAACAGAGAGCAGCAGGAGCUGGACGUCCUCAAGGACAGUCUUCAAGGCUACAAAUCCCAGAACAAGUUCCUGAACAAAGAGAUCCUGGAGCUGACUGUAUUACGCAGAAAUGCAGAGAGUAGGGAAAAAGCUUUAGAAGCAAAGUGUACGGCCCUGGAGGCCAAGUUGUGUCAGGUGGAGAGUAAGUAUCUGGUGCUGCUUCAAGAAGUGAAGACACCAGUGUGUUCGUCUUCAGAGCAGAGCCCUGCCCGUGAGGUCAUUUCCAGGUUAUUAGAGGAUGCACUGCAGGCAGAGGGCCCAGAUCUGCAUGAGCACCUCAUCUUCAAACCAAACACUGUCAGUGAGUAUGACGUGUACGGCUUCAAGACGGUGCCUGAGGAAGAGGAGGAGGAGGAGAAGCUGGUUGCCAAGGUGAGAGCCCUGGAGCUGAAGUCCCUGUCCAUGACGAACCAGGAGGUGUCUGUUGGAGUGAAGUGGGAGAACUAUCUGGCGAGCACCAUGAACAGAGACCUGCUCCGCUCCCCGGAGCUCAAAGCCCUGAUUCGCUGCGGCGUUCCCCACGAGCACCGGUCCCAGGUGUGGCGCUGGUGUGUCGCCUUCCAUGUCAAGAAGUUUAGGGACCAUUUGGCACCAGACUAUUAUGAGACCUUACUGAAUGUAGCCCGCGAGAAACCCAAUCCCGCCUCGAAGCAGAUCGAGCUGGACUUGCUGCGUACUUUGCCCAACAACAAGCACUACUCCUCCCCAAGUGCAGGCGGCAUCCAGAAACUCCGGAACGUCCUGAUCGCCUUCUCCUGGAGGAAUCCAGAUAUCGGCUACUGCCAGGGACUAAACAGGCUGGUUGCCAUUGCCUUGCUCUAUCUGGACCAAGAGGACGCCUUCUGGAGCCUUAUAGCAAUUGUGGAAGUUUUCAUGCCAAGAGACUAUUACACCAAGACUCUGCUUGGCUCACAGGUGGACCAGCGUGUGUUCAAGGACCUGAUGAGCGAGAAGCUGCCCCGGCUUCAUGCCCACUUUGAGCAGCACAAGGUGGACUUCUCCCUCAUCACCUUCAACUGGUUCCUGGUGGUGUUUGUGGACAGUGUGGUGAGCGACAUCCUCUUCAAGAUCUGGGAUGCCUUUCUGUAUGAAGGCCCGAAGAUCAUGUUUCGCUUCGCCCUCGCUCUCUUCAAGUACAAAGAGGAAGAGUUUUUAAAGUUGCAGGAUUCCACAAGCAUCUUCAAAUAUCUUCGAUAUUUCACAACAACAAUCCUGGAUUCAAGGAAGCUGAUGAGCAUCGCUUUCGGGGACAUGAACCCGUUCCCCAUGAGGCAGAUCCAGAACCGCCGCUCCUUCCACCUGGAGAAAGUCCGUCUGGAGCUGACCGAGCUGGAGGCCAUCAGACAGACCUUCCUCAGGGAGAGAGAGUCGCAUCAGGAUGGACGGAGCUUCGCCAGCGAUGAUGAGGAGGAUAACUGACCUGAAGGCUGAGCACCUUUCUUGGCCCAUGUGGCUGAGGCCUGAAGACAAAGAGGUCACCUCCACACACCAGAGAUGUGUUGCUGUGGUAAAAGGAGAUUCUUUGGAGUUGGUCUCCGCAUCAGUGCUGGAACAAUCGACUUUCUACAAGUUUUGAGUGAAAUCGCAUCAAAGGACCAAAACAUUACAGGCCCAAUAGGCUUGCUAUCAGUAUUCCUGCCUCUUUUUUUUGUGUCAAUUCUUAAUUUGCUGUAUGCUUGUAUAUUGAUGUGAUGGCCAAAACAUUGUGCUUGUCUUAUCUCUGUAUCUUCCAAUGCCAAGCUCAACACUUGCUGUCCAAAUCAGUAUUUUUGAAAACAUGGCUGUGAUCUUUUUAUAGUUAGCGAUUUUACGACUGCUGAAGUAAUUAUUCUUUACUUUUUUUUUUUAUUGCUAUUUCUAUUUUUUUGUGAUUUGUCUGUGCCCACUUCCUUAAUUCUUAAAUGUUUUAUGAUUGUUUGGCUUUCCUUUUAUUAUGCUAUCCACAAUGCCACUGAACGACACGUUUGUGUUUGACCCCUGUGUCUAUUGGUGAACUUGAAUCACUUGUGCUGAAAUUCUUAUUUUCCUAAAAUGUAAAAUGUAAGUUUUAGGAGCCUUCUAAUCACUAGGCAAUGUGCAUAUCAUUCCAUGUUGUGUGUGUUCCAAGAGCAUGCACUCAAAGAUUUAUGAUUACAAAAUUUCCCCCAUGUAUUUCCACUUGGAAAGCAUGUUGAACAUUUUAGGAAAGAUGUUGCAGUAAUAUUGUUAAGUCCCUUUUAUGUUGUCUGCCCAUAUUUUGCAGAGUUCUUUAACUUGUAAUGUUUUCAAAUUACUUUAUGCUCAAAUACCACUUACUAUUUACCUUUUAAAAAAACAUAUGUCUUACUGGUCAAACUUAUUUGCACCUAAAAUUGUACUUAAACCAAAUUGAAACAAAACACAAUAUUAGUAGAUGCAAAAAAACUGAAAACUAUUCUAUUUGAAUUACUCUAAAAUCAUUGUAUUUUAUUUAAUGCCUCAGAGAACUACUCUUCAGUCUAAUUUUGUUUGUUUAGGUAAUGUUUCUUUUUUUGGUUGUUUUUCAUACAUUACCCAUGUGAACGACAUACUUGCCAAAUAUAUAGCACAUGUAUAUUGCUGGGAUUUCUGAGCCCGAUCUUAACUUGCUGUUGUAUUUGCAUGCAUUGUCCUGAGUGUGGCAGUAUAACAUUGUUUACACUUGUACAGAGGUACCGUUUAGUGUACUUUAUUUCAGCUCGGGAUGAAAUGGGGAUUAUGUCAAUCUGUCCAUGUGAUUGCUGUGCAAAAGUGGAGAUAAGGUGUGAUUUGCCAUCUAUGAGUGAAAUAUUUCAGUGUGGACAUGUGGAGCAACAUUUUUCUCUCUACCACAUCCAGGUACUAAGACAUGCCAGUUUAGUCUUCAUUGACCAUAGUCUUUUUAUAACUCCCACUGUUUUACAGUGAGUGCUAGAGAACUAGAACUAGAGUGAAAAAUAUUCUACAAACACAAAGAUCCAUAUUUUGAUUUGGUUUAUCAAAAGUUUGUUUUUGUUUGAAUGCACAUCUACGAGGAGGGGGACGCAUAUGUUUUUCUCGCUGAGCCUUUUCCUUUGUGCGCUGAUUUAUUGUUUACAACUUAUAAUACAUUCUUUGUAUUUCGUUUGUUAUUUACAGAUAUUUCUUUCCUGUUAGUUUAAAAUUGGUGCAUCUUUUCUCUGCCUUAAUAUUGUCAGCAGAGAAAUUUUGCUUGCAAAUCUUUGUUUUGCACCUGAACUUGUGAACACAUGGAAGAAUUACAGUGGUUUUGGUAAUAGAAAGGUUAGUUUGUUUUCCUCAUGAGAGCAGGUCUCUCUAGAAAUCCAAAUUUUCAAGCUUGAUCAUUGUUUCACAAGUAGAUUUCAAGGUUUACCCAUAUUACAAUACACAACCCCUUUGUUUUAAGGCUAUUAAGCAAUUUUGAUGUUAUGAUUUUCACAUUGAAUAAGCUACAUGUAAAAAAUAUAAUAUUUUCUUCAGUUUGUUUCUUCUUCUCUCCUCUUUCUUUCUUUUCUUGUCUCGCAGCACUCUAUUGCACAAGUGUAGUGACAGGAUGACGUCAGAAUAUUAUUGUGCACUUCGCUUUAUUUGUUUGUACAUCUCUGCCGUAUCUUGUUCAUCGGAAUACAAUGCAAAGCUUUUAUGUUACUGAAAUGAGCAUACACCACUGUGUGCUUGUGUUGAACUAGAUAAAGGACAAAUUCAAUAAA